AUGGCAGAAACGGCUCCAGCUCCCGCCGCGGCCCCAGCAAAGGCCCCCAAGAAGAAGGCGCCCCGACCCAAGAAGACUGGCCCAAGUGUGAGCGAGCUCGUCACCAAGGCCGUCUCUGCCUCUAAAGAGAAGAAGGGAGUCUCUCUGGCUGCGCUGAAGAAGGCUCUGGCAGCUGGUGGAUACGACGUGGAGAAGAAUAACGCUCGUGUCAAGGUGGCCAUCAAGAGUUUGGUAACAAAGGGAACUCUAGUCCAGACUAAAGGGACCGGCGCCUCCGGCUCCUUCAAACUGAACAAGACGGUGGAAAAGAAGCCCGCAAAGAAGGCAGCUCCUAAAGCCAAGAAACCAGCAGCGAAGAAGCCUGCCGCGGCCAAGAAGCCCAAGAAGGCAGUAGCCAAGAAGCCCGCGGCUGUCAAAAAGUCCCCGAAGAAAGCAGCCAAGAAGCCCGCUACACCGAAAAAGGCAACGAAGAGCCCGAAGAAAGCCAAGAAGCCCGCUGCACCCAAGAAGGCAGCGAAGAGCCCCAAGAAAGCAAAGGCAGCGAAACCCAAGACUGCGAAACCCAAGGCGGCGAAACCAAAAGCUGCCAAGCCCAAAAAGGCUGCACCCAAGAAGAAGUAAAUGUUACGCGCUUACUUCUGCUGUAUUUCAGCAAGUGGACAUGAAGGCUCUUUUCAGAGCCACCCAAAAGCUCUCUGAAUGCAAUUAUUCUAUCAGUGCCUGCUAGUAUGCAAAACCAUUUCUGUUAACAGUACACGUACACUUUUCGCAGUUGUCCAUUAUAACUUCCCAAACCCUAUUAGUCCACAUGCUACCCGAAAUUAAGAAAAAGUAAGUGGAAUGAAACAGUGUUAAGACAAUUCAGUAGGGACUAGGCUAAUGGGUUAUGUGUGCAUAUUUAAAAUGCUUUAUAUUUGGCUUUAUUACGGUAACACAACAUUCCUUCUUCCGAGUGCAACAGAUCAUCCAAGCAUGAAACAAAAUAUCCAAACCCAAAAUAUAACAAUUCCAGCAUGUUACAUUCUAAUAGCCAGUGUCGGUGCCAAAUGUGCCCAAGUAUCUAAGGAAGCCUCGUUGGUUUACUGGGUGUUAAGUUGAACCACUAAAAUUAACUUUAAUUUGACCUGGGAUAUC